GCUAUGUUAAUUCAUAAAUGUAAUAAAUUGAAAGCGUAAGAGAAUGAUGUGAGUUCGAAUUCCGCAAAUACCAACUGUUGGUGGAUUUACAUUUUCAGAUUGUCCCGUCAGGCUUCAACUUUUUAAAUUCCUUAUGCCUUUUAUUUAGUAUUCUGAAUUUUUGAUGUGCAAUAAAUAUAUACUUUGAUGUACAUCAUCACCCACAUAGUACUUUUUCAUCGGCUUAUUAUAUGAAGUCAUAAAAAUUAUGUAGCGAUUUAAGAAGAAACGAGAAAAAUGGUAAUUUGCAAAUACUUUCAACAAGGUUGUUGUCGUUAUGGACAAAAUUGCAGAUAUGAACAUGUUUAUAGUUCAAAAUACUCCUACCAUGCGGGUUCUAACCAGCAACAAGCACCAACAAGCAAUACAAUAACAGAUGAACAGUUAGUAAAUCAAGUACACCAAGAUAUCCAAGCUGCACUUAAGGGAGGGCAAUGGAUAUUGAGUUGUUAUUCACCAUAUAAAGAAAAAGCGUGUUUUCCCGGUAUUGCUGAUUUAUCACAAGAGGAGGCUAGGUUGAUUAUAUACGAAGCAAAAGCUAACAAUACUUUGGAUCAAGCAGUCUCAUAUAUGAACAAUUUAUUUAAAGAAACCAGGCAGAAAUAUGAACAAUUAAUACAACCAUCAGCUCAAAUAACUAAAAUUUUAAGAAGCUUGUACAAUGGAGAACCAGUGACGUCUCCAUUUGGAUCUGGCAACCAAGGUUUUGGGUCUAAUGCUACUUCAAUAUUCCGCAGUGCCGUUCAAAAUGAUCCCUUUCAAAAUCAACAAAGUGUAUUUAGUCAACACACCACAAAUCCACAGUCAAUUUUUGCUCAAGCUCGUCAAAACAUUUUUGGCCCCUCACAACCUUCAAAUAUAUUUCAAACACAACCACAAGAAAAUUCCACAGCAAAAUCGAUUUUCGCCCAAGCAUCUCAAAGCACAUUUAGUCAACCACAACAUCAACAACAAAGUGUUUUUGCAUCGAAUCCACAACAACAAAGCGUUAUCGGGACAAAUCAACAACAGAAUGUGUUUGCAACAAAUCCACAGAGUGUGUUUGCCAUCAACCAAUCACAACAAAAUGUGUUUUCCUCCAAUCAACAACAGAAUCCAUUUGGAGUACAACAAAAUCAAACUGCAAAUGUUUUUCAACAAAGUGAUGGAUUUAGAAAUCAGACAACUGACGUGUUUGGUGUAUCGAAGAAUGCUUUUCAGCAACAGCCUGUGGAUGAUAGCAAUGUUUAUAGCAAGAUUGAGGAAUUGUCUCCAAGUGAUUUAGAUGCAUUCAACAGUGCAGAAUUCAAAUUAGGUUUCAUACCAGAAUUACCACCACCUCAUAGUUUAUGCAUUUGAAUAGGGUGAUUAAUAUAGAGAUGAAUAAAAGUAAAUUAAUAAAUUAUGUAA